GGAAGCUGGGAUGGCACAUUUGUCUUUGUCAAGGGCUUCUGUUAGGUUACUGAAUUCAGAAGAUGGGUAAGUAGAACUUAACUUUAUAUCAAACAUGUAGUGAUUGUAACUCAAGCAAGCAGUAGAAGAAUUUCAUGGGUAUUAUUAAAUGGGGGUUAGGGAGAGGAGGCUAUGACACACUGAAAUGCUGAAGGAUCCAGCCAUAAGGUUUCUGAUGAUACAUGAUUAUGAUGGCUUUUUUUUCUAUGCAGACAAGUGAUCUGUGAUUUCAACCAGGUCCCAUAUAAAAACGAUGAUGAUGAUUUUUUUUUUUUUUACACCUUUGAUUCAGAUCCAGGAUCGUAGGACAUGGCGGUGCCAAAAAGCCUCGGACCUGUUUACUUUUGCAACGGCUCAUUUUGAACUGAUAGACGUUCUUUCUUUUAAACCAGUGGUUUUCAAUGGAUCCUAUGCUUUAAAAAAAAAAAAAAAGUGCUGACUUUUCCUUUCUUCCUAGAACCUUACCCACUUAUUCAGCCUCGGCACGUUUUAAGAGCGUUCAUCUGUAUUCUCCCACAUAAUUUCUCCAUUCCAUCAAGUCUUCCUAGCAUCACCCAGUUGUCUCCGCCGCUGCUCUUUCCGCCUGGGUCCCUUCCUCAGCCAAGCCCCAGUCGUCCCAUUUGCUUCUCGCCCUCUCGCAAAGAUCAGGUGUAAUUAAGGGGGGUUAGGGGAGAGGAGGGGGGACCGCGGCUUUCGCACAUGCUCGGUACCGGGCGGGCGUUGCAAAAAAGAAAAAAAAAAGGCACUGAGAAUGAGCAGCCGCCGCCGCCGUUGCUGUUGCUGGUGCUGCUGGCAAGGGCAGAGCCCGCCGCCAGACCCGCCUUGACUCCGCCCGGCUCCAGGCAGCGGUUGCCGCUACAAUCUCCCCGGCGCUGGCCGCUGGAGCUUUCAACCCGCCAACCGCAGCGGUUGAGCCGCUGGCUGAAACGGAGGCAGACGGACUGAUAAACGGGCAGCGGGAAGACCAUGGCUAAGGCUCGGCCGGAGGAAAGUCCGUCGCUUCAGGCAGAAGCCGCGGCGGCCACAGAGGCUCUGCCUGCCUCUCCUCUGCGGAAAAAGUCACGUUCUUUGCCGGAGUCGAUUUGGCAUCAAACUCUGAAUGAUUAAUCUCGCGUGAGAUUUUUUUUUUUUUAAAUUUCCCUACCCCAUUUGCAGAAUCGGGGGGGUGGGGGGAGAGAAUAAAAAGUAAUUUCUUUCUCGCCAUCUUCACUUUUACGCUUCAAGAGUACUGCGCGGCUUUUCCGCUUUUUUUUUUUUUUUUUAAAGGCCGCUCGGCUACUUCGGACCGUCUUGGCCAGCAUCCGACUCUUUCCUUGAUCUUGAGAAAGGGACGCGGAUCAAAUCACGUGUCUACGCAAUCCGGGCUUCGGGACAGUUUGCUAAGGAGACGAAAAAAAGGGAGCUCGUUUUGCUCCCUGAUCCAGCCGGGGAGCGCGAAGUCAGAAGAAAGCUCCGGCCGGCAAAUCCGCGGAAAGGAAAACUAAACAAGUUUUUAAACAAGGCGAUGUGGCCCCCGGAUAUUUCUCCUUUUUUCGGUUCCCUCCGUUCUUCUGUCCUUCGCUUUGGGAGGAAGACUCCUUAAGGCAGAAAAGUUCAUCAUACCAAACAAAAAAAGACUACAGAAGCAGCUGUCAGUGGAAGCAAAAGUGUAUCACAUUUUAUGUACCCCUUUUAAAAUGUGUUUUGUGAUGAGGACAUCAAGAUAGUAAAAAAAAAAAAAAAACUUCAGAACAGGAGCCAGUUGCACAGAUGGAUGAGAACAUGGCAGUCAUGAAACCAAGCAUUAAAACCACCAUCCUCUACCAGGAAGUUCAAAUCAAGCAAAGCUUUCAUUGCUUAAGUUUUGGAGCUGCGAAAAUUCUGGCUGACAUAAAUAUUUUGCUAAACCUUUUUACCCACAAAAAGUAACAUAUGGAUAUUUUCACCCCACAUGAGAGAAUGAAAACGAAGGCACACAAUUCAUUCACUGUAUGGGUCCCUUCUAUACAAAAAUACAUUUCUUUCCUAAUGUUUUGAUAUAUGUCAUGUUCUUGCUUUCUUUUUCAACGGCAUGAAUGACUAAAUAUAUUCUGAAGAAAAAUAAUUCCAUUAUUAACGAAGUAGUGAGUUGGAUAUGAUUUUCUCCCUGCACUUUAUGGCUUGCUAAACAUACAAUAUCCUUUUGAGAUUGAAUGUAUCAAAUAUGCAUAGACAUUAGUGAGAGAUGACAUUCCCUUUACUUUUCUGUAUAGUCAUACAAUGUCUGUCAGUGUACUUGCAGUUCAACAUUUUCCAGAGCUGUGCCUAAUGACGUCAUCCAAGAACUGUGUGUACCAGUAAAAGUUUUCCUAUGUACAGUAAAGCACCUUCAAGAAGAUUUUCCCACUGGUAGGUUGAUUUGUGCUUGGAAUUUGAACAUUUCCCCCCCUCACCCUGCCACCAAAAGGAGAUGUAUACCCGUAAGUGAGGGAUCUGCCUAAUGGAUCAUGGCUCUAAUGUUUACAGGACAUUCCAUAUUUCUAGCAUUAGUGAUGUUGGCAGUCUCCACUUUUGAAGAAUCUGUUAGCAAUUACUCUGACUGGGUGACUUUUACAGAAGACGUGGAUCAGUACGAGAAGCAGAGGAUGGAAGCUUUGGGAGCAAAUCAGAGGAUAAAAAAAACAGCCCUGUAUCCAAACUUAUAUUUCAGUGCCGAAGAGAUCCCAGCUCUGAGGCAGAAGUCUCACACCAGCCAUCUCCAUCUCUUUAGAGCAAUCCGGAGUGCAGUGUCUGCCAUGCUGUCCAAUCCCUCCUACUAUCUACCUCCUCCCAAGCAUGCUGAUUUUGCUGCCAAGUGGAAUGAGAUAUAUGGAAACAAUCUGCCUCCCCUUGCAUUUUAUUGUCUCCUCAGUCCUGAAGAUAAAGCUGCCUUUGAUUUUGUUGUUGAAUACAUGGACAGAAUGGCAGGAUAUAAAGACUGGCUUGUGGAAAAUGCCCCGGGUGAUGAAGUCCCUCUCGGGCAUUCCUUAACUGGAUUUGCCACUGCUUUUGAUUUCUUACAUGCCUCAUUGGAUGAUGUCAGAAGGCAAAAAUAUUCUGCCAAGAUAUGGGCUGUGACCAUGGGAAUGUACGAGUAUUCCAAAGUCCGUUCUUGGGGCAAGCAACUUCUUCACAACCAUCAAGCCACAAAUAUGUUGGCAUUGCUCAUCGGGGCCCUGGUCGCUGGAGGAGGCAUUGAGUCCCAAGCAAAUGCCUGGAAGCAUACUGUAAUAGAUGUGAUGGAAAAAACCAUGUUUCUGCUAAAUCAUAUUGUUGAUGGUUCCUUGGACGAAGGUGUGGCUUAUGGUAGCUACACGGCCAAAUCCAUCACCCAGUAUAUUUUUCUGGCCCAGCGCCACUUUGGGAUUAACAAUCUUGAAAACCACUGGCUCAAGAUGCACUUUUGGUUUUAUUAUGCCACCCUUUUGCCAGGCUUCCAGAGAACUGUAGGCAUAGCUGAUUCCAAUUAUAACUGGUUUUAUGGUCCAGAAAGCCAAUUGGUUUUCUUAGAUAGGUUUGUCUUGAAGAAUGGAGUAGGCAAUUGGCUUGCACAGCAAAUUAGAAAGCACCGGCCCAAAGAUGGCCCAAUGGUACCGUCCACUGCCCAACGGUGGAGCACCCUUCAUACAGAGUACAUAUGGUAUGACCCCAAGUUAACCCCCCAACCUCCACCUGACUAUGGCAAGGCUAAAAUGCAUGUGUUUCCAAAUUGGGGGGUGGUUACAUACGGAGCGGGAUUACCAAACACUCAGACAAAUACCUUUGUUUCCUUUAAGUCUGGAAAGCUUGGUGGCCGUGCUGUCUAUGAUAUAGUCCACUUUCAGCCGUAUUCCUGGAUUGACGGCUGGCGUAGCUUCAACCCGGGCCAUGAACAUCCUGAUCAAAACUCUUUUACUUUUGCCCCAAAUGGGCAGGUAUUUGUUUCAGAGGCCCUUUAUGGACCUAAGCUUAGCCACUUGAACAAUGUUUUAGUAUUUGCUCCAUCCCCCACAAGCCAAUGCAAUCAGCCUUGGGAAGGUCAGCUCGGGGAAUGUAUGCAGUGGCUUAAGUGGACAGGCGAUGAAGUUGGGGAUACAUCUGGAGAAAUUAUCACUUCCUCUCAGCAUGAAGAGAUGAUGUUUGUGAGUGGUGAGGCAGUUUCUGCAUAUUCAUCAGCCAUGAAGCUGAAAAGUGUGUACCGCUCAUUGCUUCUACUAAAUCCUCAGACUUUACUUGUGGUGGACCAUGUGGAAAAGGAGGAAGACUCUCCUAUUGAUGCCAUCAGUGCCUUCUUUCAUAACCUUGACAUUGACUUUAAGUAUGUCCCAUAUAAAUUUAUGAACAAAUACAAUGGAGCCAUGAUGGAUGUCUGGGAUGCUCACUAUAAAAUGUUUUGGUUUGACCAUCAUGGAAGCAGCCCUGUUGCUAGGAUACAAGAGGCUGAACAAGCUGCUGAGUUCAAAAAGAGAUGGACACAGUUUGUAAAUGUCACUUUCUCUACAAAGAGUAAUAUUGCAAGAAUUGCCUAUGUGUUCUAUGGGCCUUAUGUCAAUGUUUCUAACUGUAGGUUUAUUGACGAUGCCCAGUCAGGGUAUCGGAUUUCUCUAAACAUCAACAACACAGAAAUAAUCUAUUCUGUUGUAACAGAGUAUCUCAAUCUGUGGACAAGGUUCCGUUAUUUAGGAUUUGGUGGCUAUGCCACAGUAACCACUCAAGGAAAGGUUACACAGUUUGGUCUGGGCACUAAAAUGAUAGGGAAGCAGGGACUUACUCAUAAAUCCAUUUUCCCCUUUGGCUUUAAAGUGAAUGUGAUAGCAGGAUUUAUUUUGGGGAUUAGCUUGGCCAUAUUGGCUUUUCAGUGGCGAUUUUACAUUUCCUUUGGUAAGCUUUUGCGCUGGGUCUUAAUCCUGGUAAUUACCUUGUGGUUUAUUGAACUUGUAGAUGUGUGGAGCUCCUGCACUCAAAUGAUCUGCACAAAGUGGACUAGCAGCAUGACAGAUAUGGAACCAAGUGAAAGGGAGGAUCAAGGACAUCCUAAUUUGCCUGAUGUUAUCAUCACUUCUCUCCCUAGUUCAGGGGCAGAAAUUCUGAAGCAGCUCUUUUACAACACUAGUGACUUUGUUUAUAUCAAGAUCCCAAUGGGUUACCUUGAUAUACCUGAAACUGAGUGUGAGGUUGACUCAUUUGUUGAUGCCUGUGAAUGGAAAGCUUCGGAUGUUCAGAGCGGCCAUUUUCGGAUCCUGCAGGGCUGGCUGCAUUCCUUAGUGAAAGACACAAAGCUUCACUUACAGAAUAUCCAUUUGCAUGAAACCAGCAGAAGUAAAUUGGUGCAGCAUUCUUCCAGUAGCAGAGACCGAAAGAGAGGGUCCAGGAAGAGAGAAUCUAUUGUAGAGCAAAGAAACCGCCUGCGAGGAAAUUCAGACAAAGAAGCUGAAUACAUUCGGGAACUGAGGCAACACUUUGCCUCUUAUCCAAAUGCCCGCCCUGUCCUUAGUCUGAGUAGUGGAAGCUGGACACUAAAGCUACCUUUUCUUCAGGAAGUCAUUGGUCCUUCCCUGAGAGCGCUUUAUGUGGUUCGAGACCCGCGUGCCUGGAUCUACUUAAUGUUGUACAAAAACCAGCCUACCCUUUACUCUCUGAGGAAGGUACCACAGCAUCUGACUAAGCUGUUUAAAGGAGACGGUCAUGAAAAAAAAUGUGGCUCCAAUUCAGGCUAUGCCUUUGAAUAUGAUGCUCUGAGAGAGAAGCUCACAGCUUCAGAUUCAAAUGCUGUCUCUGUGAUGUCCCAUUUGUGGCUGGCCAACACCGCCGCUGCCCUGAGAGUAAACAAGGGUUUGCUGUCGGCAAACUACCAGCUGAUCAAAUUUGAAGAUAUUGUCAACUAUCCCCAGAAGACGGCUGAAGCUAUCUAUGACUUCCUUGGCAUGCCUCUGGCUCCAGCCAGCUUAAACCAAAUACUAUUUGCUACAUCCACCAGUCUUUUCUAUCUUCCUUAUGAAGGAGAAAUCUCUCCAGUGGGCAUCCACGCUUGGCAGCACAAUAUGCCUCCAGAGGAAAUUAAGCAGAUUGAGGAUAUCUGUUCAACUUUAAUGGACCAUUUAGGGUAUCCAAAGUUUACUGAUUUAAAAGCUGCAGGCCAGCAAUAGUUUGCACUAAGGAUCUUUGGGCUCUUCAAUUUGUAGAUAAGAAUUUGGUUUAUUCUUGUAAAAAUGUAUGUAUAGUCUGUGACACUUGCAGAAAGAGAUUAUUUUAAAUGAAACAAAAUACUUGCUCUGAUAUGUUUUCACCCAACCUUGCCUCCCCCUUUAAAUGAAAUGUCCUUUCCCUUUUGCUGCCUUUGAAAAUAAAGCUGUACGAAUCUUU